AUGGGAAAUGAUACCUAUCUGGGUCUCCCGUCUGCUAUUGGCCAGAGCAAGAAAGCCACAUUUAGUUACGUGAAGGAUAGAAUUUGGAAGAAGAUUAAUUCUUGGAGAGGUAGGCCUCUUUCUCGGGCAGGAAAAGAGGUGAUGAUAAAGUCGAUGCUUCAAUCUAUACCUUACUAUAUUAUGAGCUUGUUUAUCCUUCCUGAUGGAAUUGUCUCUGAUGUCAAGAAAAUGCUUAAUUCAUUUUGGUGGGGAGGUGGCACCAAUCAUAACUGUAUCAGAUGGAUGGCAUGGGAUAAACUUACAGGUGCUAAAAAAGAAGGAGGUCUUGGUUUCCGGGGUCUUAAGGCUUUUAACUUGGCAAUGGUGGCUAAGCGGGGUUGGCUUCUUUUAUCCAAGCCUCAGUCGUUGGUUUCCAGAAUCUUUAAAUCAAGGUAUUUUCCUAAUUCAACGUUCUUUGAAGCAAAUUUGAGUAACAAUCCUAGUUUUGUUUGGCGUAGUGUUUGGCAAGCUAGGUCUCUUUUGUCUCUUGGAUGUAGGUGGAGUAUUCGGGAUGGCAGGAACGUUCCUUUGAUGGGAUCUCCUUGGCUUAGGGGAAAUAAAGAGGUAAUGUUGAAUGGCCCACAGAGAUAA